AGGUGAAAUUGCAAUUAGUGUUCAAACACCUGACAAAGUUCCGUUGAGUACGCAGUUUUUGUGGGAAGCCAAAAAGGCUGGUGGAUAUUCGGAAAAAAUUAGUAUUGAUGCAACUCCAGAUCAAAUUUAA